AUGAGCACGUGCGGCAGGAAAGCCCUGACACUGCUGAGCAGCGUCUUUGCAAUCAGCGGCCUGGGGCUGCUGGGAGUGGCGGUCAGCACCGACUACUGGCUGUACCUGGAGGAGGGCGUCAUUAUGCCUCUGAACCAGAGCACCGACAUCAAGACCUCGCUGCACUCCGGCCUCUGGAGAGUCUGCUUCCUGUCUCAGAUAUCUCCCUCCUCAGUUUCACUCUUGUCUCCUCCCCCUGCAGGCGAAGAGUCCGGUCGCUGCUUUACCAUCGCGUACAUCAUGCCCGUGAACAUCCAGUUGACGUCAGAGUCCACAGUGAACGUGCUCAAGAUGAUCCGCUCAGCCACUCCCUUCCCUCUGGUCAGCCUCUUCUUCAUGUUCGUCGGCUUCGUCCUCAACAACAUCGGCCACGUUCGUCCUCACCGCACCAUCCUGGCGUUCGUCUCCGGAAUCUUCUUCAUCCUCUCGGGACUGGCUCUGGUGGUGGGUCUGGUGCUGUACAUCUCCAGCAUAAAUGAUGAAAUGCUGAACAGGACUAAGAGCAGUGAGGCCUAUUUUACCUAUAAGUACGGCUGGUCAUUCGCAUUCGCUGCCAUCUCCUUCCUGCUCACUGAGAGUGCAGGCGUCAUGUCCGUCUACCUGUUCAUGAAGCGCUACACGGCAGAGGAGAUGUACCAACCUCGCCACCCCAGCUUCUACCGCCCUCGCCUCAGCAACUGCUCCGACCACUCGGGCCAGUUCCUUCACCCAGAGGCCUGGUCACGUGGGCGAAGUCCCUCCGACAUCUCGAGCGAAGCUUCGCUCCAGAUGAGCGCCAGCUACCCCGCUCUCCUCAAAUGCCCCGACUACGAUCAGGUCUCCUCUUCACCCUGCUGA